GAAGAACCACUCGACCGCGGCGGACGCGUUUCGGAUCGGGUGCUGACAAUCAAAUAUUUUUGAAAGUGUUGCCGACUUUGACUGUGCUAUCGCUUCCUCCUGAUGCGUGUCCGCGAGUUGGCUCGUCUCGUGCGUUCGUCCGGACGCGCGUUAUUUCGACGUGACGACGUUGUAGACGUAGACGCCCGGUGUUCGUUCGGGCAACGCCAUUUUCGCGGGCAUUGCGUCACUUUUUGAUACUACGGGUCUUAAGACUGUAAUUCAUUAAGAUGAGAUCUGGCCGUGUUGCCUCCGUAUACUCCUAAGCGAGGGAGGCAGGAGCCAUAAUUAAUUAAGAAGAAAAAGGCUAUUAUAGAACAGACAUAAAGGUGUAAACAUACUGUUGUUGAUGUUUCAAUAUCACUAUAUAAAAUGGGGCGAUGUGUGGCGUGUGGUGCGAGAUCUUCAUUGUCAAAUAAAAUAAAAACUUGUUCAUUUCCAAAAAACGAAGAAAGGAGAAACAGUUGGAUUAGAGCAUUCAACAAACCAAAUUGGAUGCCAACAAAUAACUCAGUUCUUUGUGAGAAACACUUCAGUCCAGAAAUGUGGGAGAAGGUACGCGUGGAUGGAAAAAAAAAAUUAAAAGCAAAUGCGAUACCAACAUUAUUUGGAAGACCGAAUGUCUAUGGAACUGCGGAUUUUGGUGAAAUAAUGAUCGAAGUGCAGAAUGCAGUUUCCAAUAAUCAGGAGGUACCUACUGAACUUGAUGUAAUUACCAACGGGCAAGGACAAAUAAAUGUUUUGAGACCAAAUGAUGUGGAUGUAUCUGUGGAGAAGGGACGUACAAUCGAAGCAGUCGAAGAUAUUCUACAGGACAUUAGCGGCAAUGAAGUCGUCGUAGAAGAACGAAGUUUUUUGAAGCUGCAAUCGGAUCGCAACGAUAAUAACGCUUCAGAAAAUGCUUCGUGCGAAGAACAACUGCGGAAAACGAUGAAGAAACUUAAACGUAUGACAAAGAUGUACCAGAGAAGUGAAAACUUGCGGAAACGAAUGAAAGCCGAACACAUGAAGAUAAGGAAACAGCUUCAAAAAAAGAUAUAUUUAUUAUCGAUCGUGAAAAGAGCAGAAGAGAUCGAUUUGCAUGUGCAUGGAGUAAUAUCGGACAUGGGAUCGGCUAAUCGGGCAAUGUGAAAAGCUUUCGACGUGAACGC